AUUUGUGAUAGUAAUUACCCCACACAGCAUUCAAUAUCUCUUCUUGUCUAAAAAAGAAAACUUUCAAUAAUGGGGAACCAAUCAACUACUAGCCAGAAAAAAUCUCUUCCCAUUGACACCACAUUCAAGCUUCCAGCUAACUUACCAGUUUGGCCACAAGGUGGUGAAUUUGGUAGUGGAAUAAUUGAUUUAGGCGGACUAAAAGUGUCACAAAUCUCAACAUUCAACAAAAUUUGGACAACACUAGAAGGUGGACAAAACGAUGAAGGAGCAACAUUCUUUGAGCCAAUAGGAAUACCCGAAGGUUUCUUCACAUUAGGACACUAUAGCCAACCUAACAACAAAUCUCUCUUUGGUUGGGUUCUAGUAGCAAAAGAUGAAUCCAAUGGAGCUUUAAAAAAACCAAUUGAUUACACACUUGUUUGGACUAGCAAGUCUCAAAAAAUCAAACAAGAUCAAGAUGGUUACAUUUGGUUACCAAUAGCACCUAAUGGUUAUAACCCUUUAGGUCAUAUUGUCACAACCACACCUCAAAAGCCUUCACUUGAUAGAAUAUAUUGUGUUAGAUCAGAUUUCACUGACCAAUGUGAGCUUAGUUCAUGGAUUUGGGGACCAAGCAAAAAAUUUGAUGAAAAAGAAUUUAAUGUUCAAAAUGUAAGACCAAUCAAUAGAGGGGUUCAAGCUUUAGGUGUUGUUGUUGGAACUUUUUUAGCACAAAUUGGUGAAAAAACAAGUAACCCUCUUCCUAUUUCUUGUUUGAAAAAUCAAAACUUGAAAUUUUCAUCAAUGCCUAAUUUACCUCAAAUUAAGGCACUAGCACAAGCUUAUUCACCAAUUAUGUAUUUACAUCCUAAUGAAAAGUUUCAACCUUGUUCAACUAAAUGGUAUUUCACAAAUGGGGCAUUGCUUUAUAAGAAAGGUGAAGAGUCAAAUCCAAUUGCAAUUGACCCUUUAGGUUCAAACCUUCCUCAAGGUGGAAACAAUGAUGGUGCUUAUUGGUUGGAUCUUCCAAAAGAUAAAGAAAACAAAGAGAGAGUGAAAAAAGGUGAUUACAAAAGUUGUCAAGCUUAUAUUCAUGUUAAACCAAUGUUUGGAGGAAUAUUUACCGAUUUAGCCAUGUGGGUUUUUUACCCUUUUAAUGGCCCAGGAACACUAAAAGUUGGACUUAUUGAUAAUAUUUCGCUCGGUAAAAUAGGUCAACAUAUUGGUGAUUGGGAACAUGUGACGUUAAGGGUAAGUAAUUUUAACGGAGAGUUAAAAAAAGUUUAUUUUUCUCAACAUAGUAAUGGUCAAUGGGUUGAUGCUUCCCAAGUUGAGUUUCAAAAUGGAAAUAAAUCAAUUGCUUAUUCUUCAUUAAAUGGUCAUGCUAUUUAUCCAAAAGCUGGACUUGUUCUUCAAGGUGUUGGUGAAAUUGGAAUUAAGAAUGAGACUAAGAAGAGUGAUAUGGUUAUUGAUUUUGGAGUUAAUUUUGAAAUUGUUUCUGGGGAGUAUUUGGGGAAUGAAAUUGUUGAACCUGCUUGGUUGAAUUUUUUUAGGGAAUGGGGUCCUAAAAUUACUUAUGAUUUAGGUGAGGAGUUGAAUAAUUUGGAGAAAGUGGUUCCUGGUUUCAAAUUACCUAAUGAAUUGUUGGGUGAAGAGGGACCCACAGGACCAAAGCAAAAGAGAAAUUGGAAUGGGGAUGAAAUUUGAAAUUUGAAAUUUGAAAUAAUUGGUCUCAUGAAAUAUAGUUUUAAAUUUUAGUUAUAGUUGUAUUACCAAUUUUUGAUAUUGUCAAAAAUUGUGAAUAAAUACAAUUGUAAUUACGGUAUUUUUAUAGUUGUAGAGAUAUUUAAAAUCUUUAUAUUUCUACAUUUCUGCUCCUCAAUUGUGAUUGGGCAAUAAUUUAAAACUUUGGUGUGACAUUAUUGAGACCAAGGAAUUAAAAACAAGUCUUUGGGUUGGUGGGUGUAUUUAAUAUUGUUUGUCAAUGUAUAUUAUCCAAGUUGUAAUUUUCUGAUUGAUAUUGAAAUAAGUAUAUUUUUUUUGAAAUAAA